CUCACGCCGCGCCACGCGGGAGGCGGCGGCGGCGGCGCGGGCAGGAGGGCGCUGUAACCACCUGGCCUCCUCCAGUUGCUGUGGGUUGAGUGGGCCUGAAUGAAGACAAAUGCAAAGAUGGCAUGUCCAAGGAAUUUUAAAAGGUGUAGGCCUCCUGACUGAAGAUAGCUGUGUAUUUUAUUCUCUUUAAAUAAACUGCUGUUCUCUCACAGGUGAAAGUCAUGAUCACGCUAACAGAACUCAAAUACUUAGCAGAUGCCCAGUCAUCCUACCACAUACUGAAACCAUGGUGGGACGUCUUCUGGUAUUACCUCACCAUGAUAAUGCUGCUAGUCGCUGUGCUUGCUGGGGCUCUCCAGCUUACUCAAACCAGAGUGUUGUGUUGUCUUCCUUGCAAGCUAGAAUUUGACAAUCACUGUGCCGUGCCUUGGGAUUUAGUUAAAACAAACCUUAACAUAUCCUCUAGCUCCACAGCACAAAUAAUCAUCCCACUUAAAAUUCAGAAUGAUCUUCAUCGACAGCAGUAUUCCUAUAUUGAUGCAGUAUGUUAUGAGAGACAGCUUCACUGGUUUGCCAAAUUUUUUCCAUACCUAGUGCUUCUACAUACCUUUAUUUUUGCAGCUUGCAGUAAUUUCUGGCUUUACUAUCCAAGUACAAGUUCCAGGCUUGAGCACUUUGUAGCCAUUCUUCAGAAGUGUUUUGAUUCUCCAUGGACAACGCGUGCCCUCUCAGAAACGGUUGCUGAGCAGUCCGUGAGGGGCUUGCCAAUAGCCAAGUCAAAAGCAGUGAUUUCAUCACCUGGGAAUUCAGUAGAUAUAGCUGCGAGCAGACAGUCUCUGCCAUAUACUCAACCUGGCUUAGAAACAACUGGAAGAGAAAAUUCCUCAAGUGUUCUUGACAAAAAAGAAGGGGAACAAGCUAAAGCUAUAUUUGAAAAAGUGAAGAAAUUUAGAGUACAUGUUGAAGAGAAGGAUGUCAUAUAUACAGUGUAUAUGAAACAGAUUAUAGUAAAAGUUAUUGUAUUUGUAAUAAUAAUAAUUUAUGUCCCCUAUUAUUUAUCCUUUAUUACACUUGAAAUUGAUUGUGUAGUUGAUGUUCAAGCCUUUACAGGCUACAAAAGGUACCAGUGUGUUUAUUCACUAGCAGAAAUUUUUAAAGUCUUGGCUUCAUUUUAUGUUGUUUUAGUGAUCUUCUAUGGCUUAACUUGUACUUACAGUUUGUGGUGGAUGUUAAGAAGUUCACUUAAACAAUAUUCUUUUGAGAAGUUGAGAGAGAAAAGUAAUUACAAUGAUAUACCUGAUGUAAGGAAUGACUUUGCAUUUAUCCUCCACUUGGCUGAUCAAUAUGAUCCUCUUUAUUCACAACGAUUCUCGAUAUUCCUGUCUGAUCUGAGUGAGAACAAACUGAAACAGAUAAAUCUUAACAACCAAUGGUCAGUGGAAAAACUGAAAAACAAACUAAUAAGAAACUCCCAGGACAAGAUUGAACUCCACCUUUUCAUGUUAAAUGGUCUUCCGGACAGUGUCUUUGAACUGACAGAAGUAGAAGUCCUAAGCCUCGAACUUAUUCCUGAAGCCAAACUUCCUUCAGCUGUGUCCCAGCUAGUCAAUCUCAAAGAACUCAAUGUUUAUCAUUCAUCACUAACUGUGGAUUAUCCAGCAAUGAGCUUUUUGGAAGAAAAUCUGAAAACGUUGCGUCUAAAAUCUAGUGAGAUGGGGAGGAUUCCACCUUGGAUUUUUCAUCUAAAAAAUCUUAAGGAAUUGUGCUUAACAGGAUAUUUCAUGCUAGAUCAUCACAACUCCAUAUACAAUGAAAGCUUUCAGGGGCUAAAAAAUCUGAGAUCAAUUCACUUGAAAAACAACCUUUCCCGUAUACCUCAGGUUGUUACAGAUCUUCUGCCUUCUUUACAACACUUGUCUAUCAACAAUGAGGGAAAUAAACUGAUAGUGCUAAAUAACUUGAAGAAGUUGGUAAACUUGAGAACCUUGGAAUUAAUCUGCUGUGAUUUAGAGCGCAUUCCCCAUUCUAUUUUUACCCUGAACAAUUUGCAUGAAAUUGACUUAAAAGAGAAUAAUCUCAGAACAGUAGAAGAAAUAAUUAGCUUUCAACAUCUUAAGAACCUUUCUUGCUUAAAACUGUGGCACAACAGCAUUUCAUAUGUUCCAGUGCAGAUUGGUGCAUUGUCAAACCUGGAACAACUAUAUCUAAAUUAUAAUAAUAUCAAAAAUGUUCCAUUGCAACUGUUUCUUUGUAAAAAGUUGCACUAUUUGGAUCUUAGCUAUAAUAAGCUAACUUCCAUCCCUGAGGAAAUCUGUUAUCUGACCAAUCUGCAGUACUUGGCUUUGACAAAAAACCAUAUUGAAAUGUUGCCUGAUGGAUUAUUUCAGUGCAGAAAGCUGCAAUUUCUGCUUCUGGGAAAUAACAGUCUGAUGAGUUUGUCCCCUUGUGUGGGUCAGCUACUGAAUCUUGUUCAAUUAGAGCUCAUUGGAAACUAUCUUGAAUCACUUCCUGCUGAACUGGAAGAAUGUCAGUUUCUGAAACGGAAUAGUCUAGUUGUAGAAGAAAGGUUGUUGAAAACACUUCCACCUCGUGUAAGAGACCGUUUACAAGCAUGCUCGGAUAAGUGCUAAGCUUGAAAUGAAACUGUCGGUGCAUCCUUUAAGCCUUUUACUUAAUAUCUCUCUAAAGAUCAGGGCAGGUGGAGUGAAGGAGAGAACACAGUUUACAGAUUAGUCUUAAGGUUAAAUGCAUUCAAUUGAGUUGAUUAUGUUGGACAAGAAAAAGAUAUUUAGUCUUAAAGAAAAAAAAGCCUUUGGCAGGUAAUCAUAUAUUUGGAUAUGCAAAUAUGAAUUAUUGAUUGGGUUCUCCUGGUUGAAAUAAUGUAAUCAAUAAAUGUUUACUAUAGUAUUGGAAUGGAAGAGUUGAUUGCCUGACUACAGUGAAUGUGUAUGUACUCUUUUUUUUUUGGCCUAUAGGAACUUUUUUCUGAUGAUGGAGAUCAUUUUAAAUAAUUUCUUUUCCUGCCAUAUGAGGACCAAGAACUAUGUAGAGUUAAUUUCUAAAUAUGAACUUUCCACUAAUUUAGAACAUGUUAAAUUAAGAGUUUAAACUUUUUGAGCAGGUCAAUUGCAUGGAGUACACUGGAAAUCAUUUUUUCAAUAUAAUUUAAUUUUUUAAAGCUUUUUGAAAAGUGUUGAGCAUUAACUCUGUGGCUGUGGUGGGAGAGAGUGUCUGAAUUUUGCUAUUAAAACCACUUAGAUAAUACCUGAAACCAGCUUAAGUAUUUUGUCUUCAAAAUAGUGAAAACAAAGUGAAUUGUUUGCCUAGAAACUGGGUUGUAAGUCUGAAGAAUCUGGAAUUAGUGUUGUGCACAUGUACUGGACAACAAAUAAUUGUAUCAUAUUGAUCCUCAUAGAGAAUGAUAGCAAACAGAACAUGGCAUAGUAACAAAGUUGUCUUCUGUGUGUUGUGGGGAUUUCGGGUGUUAGUGUAGUGUAUGUUGCUAUUUAACAUUUUUAUAACUUCUCAUUUUUUGUCUGUCUCAAUGCUUUUUCUCCACCUACAAUUGCUGUAAUUUGCUGACUGGGGAGAGAAGAUGAAGGAGAUAUGUAAUUAGGUACAUGAAUAGGGACUGAAAGGCACAGGUAAACCAAGCCAAAUUUUCACACAACUUGCAAGUACAUGGGUGGAAAAAAUGGGAAAACACUAUAAGCGGUGUUUCGUCUAGAGACAGCAUAUUUCCAUAAGUUAUAAUGGUGAACUGAGCUCUAGUAAUACCAUCCUUAAUAUUUGCAAAACUGGAUGGAAAUAAAAUGGUUGCUGAUUUUACUUAUUCUUUUGCUUUCUGCUUAUUUAUUAUAAGUCUUAAAUCUCCUGGAAUUUAUGAUGUCGGCUAAACAUAAGCUGUGCCUUGCAGGGGGAGAGAGAAAGGAGGAAAAAAAAAGAAAAAAUGGUCUUUCCAGAAAUAUAUACUUGAAAACUUUUUGUAGUGUAUUAAAGUUUUCAAGACUUAUAGGCUCAGUUGCAGAUUGAAUAGAUCUGGUAAACUAUGCUCUUAAUGACUUCGUGUUCAUCAAGCAUGCUGGCUGUAUAUUUGCUUGCAAUAAUAAAGUCUUCACAGAAAUGAGUUUUAGUAUUAGACUAUUGUCAUCUUUUGUUCCCAUUUCAGUGCCACUCUUCU